AUGCCGAGGAAUAAAGACGGGGAAAUAAAUUGGCCAACAAGUUUCCCUUGGCUUACGGCAGAUGGGCGCGAGGGGAGAUUAUAUCAAAGAAGAGAUCCAGCAUCUACAUUCGCGGAGGUCACCAAAGGUCACGAUAUCGUUAAAGCCGCGGGAGCCUUUUUUCUAACCGGAAAUUCGAGCCAAGCAAGGGUGCCGGAAACUGUGCCUAAGUUUUUGGUGAAACCCGUGCAAUUUAAGGAUCCAAAAAUAAUGAAAAUCAUUGAUGUUCUGCUGACUUUGACCGGACUGUCAGUUGCGACUUUGGCGGAAUAUGAUGGCGGCGAAAUAAGAGACAAGAGACAAAUCUACUCACCAAUUUUGGUCGAGCCUUAUGGAGGAACGUUUAAGCUCAUCAUUGGUAUAGGUAUACCGAUCGCCCUGCCCGGUCGUUCUCUGGUCUACGGUCAAAACAUGCAGUUCCAAUACCCUCUUCCGACCAACGCCACCUUCUUCACGAAUUUGUUCUCGACAUCGAGUUCAUCUGGCCGCCGUCGUCGCAGCUCUUCGCGUUACGAGAGACAAAUCGCUUACAGUAUGUUGGAACAGCAAUUCGACAGGAGCGGUGCCAACGGCAAGGAGUGCAUAAUGCGAGGCAUUUGUGAAGCUGCGGAGACUCCGCUUCGCCAAGAAGGUCUGGUCGGAGAGCUUCUUCAUCUGCUAUUGACGCCCGAUUACGGUGGUAAUACUUCCGUCGACGAAGAUUACGUUAAUGCGAAAAAGGCCGGAAUACGAGGCGAGGAUUGUGCGGCAUUGUUUCCGGGCUGUCCGCACGGUUAUGGAAUACUGGACCACGUGUCAACUACAAAAUAUGUCAACUAGGUUAAG